CCGGGGGACUGAGCCGGGCGGAGGAGGAGGAAGAAGAGAGGAGGAGGAGGAGGAGGAAGGCGCCCCCCGGGCAUGGCGGCGCCGCUGGCGCUGGGCGGCCCCGGUUCCUUGCGGCCGGACCCGGUGGAGACGCUGCAGGAGGAGGCGAUCUGCGCCAUCUGCCUGGAUUACUUCGCCGACCCGGUGUCCAUCGGCUGCGGGCACAACUUCUGCCGCGGCUGCAUCUCCCGCCUCUGGGCCCGCGGCGGCGGCGGCGGAACCGAGCCCGGCCCGGAGCGCUCCGAGCUCGAGGAGGAGGAGGAGGAGGAAGAGGAGGAAGAGCUGGAGGAAGACGAGCUGGAUGUAGAGCACGAGGAGGAGGAGGAGGAGGACGGCGUGGAGGAGGAGGAGGAGGAGGAGGACAUGUGGGAGGAAGAGGAGGAGGAGGAGGAUGAGGAGGAGGAAGGCGAGCUGUGGGGAGACCCCGCCGAGGACGAGGAGGAGGAGGAUGAGGACGAAGGCGGCGCCGCCUGGGCCGAGGGCGCGGAGGGCGGCGGGCUCUACCUGGGCUACGACGAGGACGCCAUGGAGGAGGACGUGGAGGAGGAGGAGGAGGCCGAGGACGAGGAGGAGGAGGAAGAGGAGGAUGAGGAUGAGGACGCCGAGGAAGGCCCCGCGGCCUUCACGUGCCCGCAGUGCCGCAAGUCGUUCUCGCAGCGCAGCUUCCGGCCCAACCUGCAGCUGGCCAACAUGGUGCACAUCAUCCGCCAGCUGCACCCGGGCCCCGGCGCCACCGGCACCGCCACCGGAGCCGCCGGCGCCGCCCCCGAGCCCGGCCCCGCGCCCGGCGGGCCCCCCGAGCUCUGCCCCAAGCACCGCGAGCCCCUCAAGCUCUUCUGCGAGCAGGACCUGGCGCCCAUCUGCGUGGUGUGCCGCGAGGCGCGGGGGCACAAGCAGCACAGCGUGCUGCCGCUCGACGAGGCGCUGCAGGAGUGCAAGACCAAGCUCCAGAGCCACCUGGAGCCCCUGCGCCGGCAGCUGGACGCGGUGCUGAAACAGAAAUCCAGCGAGGAGGAGAAAAUCUCCCUGCUCAGGGAGCAGAUGCAGGCGGAGAUGCAGGAGCUGGAGGCCGAUUUCGAGGAGCUGCAGCAGUUCCUGGCCGGGGAGCAGCUGCUGCUGCUGCGGCAGCUGCAGGAGCGGCACCAGGCGCUGCAGGCGCGGCAGCAGCGCAACCUGGGCGCGCUGGAGGAGCGCGGGGCGGCCCUGCAGCGCCUCAUCAGCGAGGCCGAGGCCGCGGGCAGGCAGGACGGGCUGCAGCUGCUCAAGGACAUCAAAGGCACCUUCAUCAGGUGUGAGAACAUCAAAUUCCAGGAGCCCGAGAUGAUCCCGGUGGACGUGGGGAGGAAGUUCAGGAAUUGCUUCCUGCAGGACGUGGUGAUGAGGAAGAUGGAAAAGGUCUUCAGCAAAGUGCCCCAAGCCGACGUGACCCUGGACCCCUCCACGGCGCACCCGCGGCUCAGCCUGUCCCCGGACCGGCGCAGCGUCCGUCUGUCGGAGCGGCGCGCGGAGCCCGCGGUGCCGCCGCGCCCGGGCCCCGGCGCCGCCGGCGGCGACCUGUGCGUGCUGGGCUCGCCCGGCUUCACCGCCGGCCGCCACUACUGGGAGGUGGAGGUGGGCGGGCGCCGGGGCUGGGCCGUGGGCGCCGCCCGCGAGAGCGCCCGCGCGCGGCCCCAGGGCGCCCACGGCCCCGCGCCGCCGCCGCCCCGGCGCGAGAUCUGGGCGCUGGGCACCUCGGGCAAGAAGUACCAGGCGCUGACGGCCACGGAGCAGACGGCGCUGGCGCCCGCCGAGCAGCCGCGCCGCUUCGGCGUCUACCUGGACUACGAGCGCGGCCAGCUGUGCUUCUACAACGCCGAGAGCAUGAGCCACAUCCACACCUUCCACAUCUGCUGCUGCCGCCAGCGCGUCUUCCCCUUCUUCCGCGUGCUGGCCCGCGGCACGCGCAUCAAGAUCUGCACCUGA